AUGGAAUACGAUGGCCGAGUGAUUCUCUACAUUAUCAAAGCGGACGAAACCUCCUACAUCAACUAUAUCAAGCCCUUGAUCCUGGCCGAAGAAAUACAAUUCCCGCAUGUCCUCUCGGUGAUUGACACCCGUGAUGAAUGGUUUUACAGUAUUCAUCCAGAGCGGAUGGUGCCAUCCCUGAAAGACCAAGACCCGGUCACCGGAGAGAAGGUGAUCGUCUUUGAGAGCACGGCCUGUCUGCAGUACCUGGUCGAUCGCUUCGACACCGACGGCACAUGGAGUGGGCGAACCGUGGCCGAGAAGGGAGCCGUUCUAUCAUGGACGGCAUACCAAACUGCCGCCCUUGGACCGACGGCCAAGUACUGGCUAUACUUCAAGCGAGGUUAUCCCACGCGGGCCAACCCCGUUCAACUCCCUCGGACAAUCGAAAAACAGUGGGAUAUCCUGGAGAAGAGGUUGAAGGAGCCUGGGCAGCAGUACAUUGCGCUGAAGGAUCGGCCCACAUUGGCGGACCUCUCCUACUUUCCCUUUGCCAUGCCGUGGAUGUUCACCUUCCUGGGCGUGGAUAUCAAGGAUUGGCCGCAUAUUCAACGCUGGAGCGAAAGGAUGCUUAGUCGGCCUGCGGUAGCAAGGGUUCUACAGCGCGCUCCGACUCUCGGACAUUGA